AUGCAGCGACUGGCUGCCUGGCAGCUGGCAGUCAAGGAUGAGGAGGCGUUUGUGAGGAAAUUAGGCUGUAGGCCUGAGGAGCUCUUGAAGGUGGUGUCCAUUUUCGGCAACACUGGAGAAGGCAAAUCUCACACCCUCAAUCACACUUUUUUUUUGGGUCGUGAAGUUUUCAAGACAUCUCCAACCCAGGAAUCCUGCACUGUCGGUGUGUGGGGAGCACUGGACCCUCUUCAUAAGGUGGUGGUUGUUGACACAGAGGGAUUUCUGGGGGCAGGAACUAACCAAGGACAGCGAACCCGCCUGCUCCUGAAGGUGCUCGCAGUCUCCGAUCUGGUCAUUUAUCGGACACAUGCUGACAGGCUACAUGAUGAUCUUUUCAAGUUUCUUGGAGAUGCAUCAGAUGCGUAUCUAAAGCAUUUCACGAAGGAGCUGAAAGCCACAACUGCACGCUGUGGUUUGGACGUGCCCCUUUCAACUCUGGGUCCUGCCGUUAUAAUCUUCCAUGAGACCGUCCACACCAAGUUAUUAGGCUCAGACAAGCCAUCAGAAUCAGCCGAGCGGCUUCUUCAGGAACGUUUCCGAAAGCUUGGCCUCUUUCCGGAAGCAUUCAGCUCUAUUCAGUACCGGGGCACUCGAACCCACAACCCCCCGACUGACUUCAGCGGUCUGCUGCGCAGUGUGGAGCAGCAGUUAGACAACAACACUACACGAUCUCCACGGUCUGCUGGUGUCAUCUACAAAGCCUUGCAGGCUUUGAGUGAGUGCUUCAGUGGAGAGAUUCCUGAUGAGCAUCUGGCAAGCAACUCUUUUUUUCCAGAUGAAUACUUUACCUGCUCCAGCAUCUGCCUCAGCUGUGGCUCUGGCUGUAAAAACAGCAUGAAUCACCUACGAGAGGGUGUGGCACAUGAGGCUAAACACCGCUGCCGCUAUUCAGCACACUAUGACAAUCGCAUCUAUACCUGCAAGGUUUGUUAUGAGAGUGGCAAAGAGGUGAUUGUGGUUCCAAAGACAACAGCAUCCUCUGACUCACCAUGGUUUGGCUUGGCCAUAUACGCCUGGUCUGGAUAUGUGAUCGAGUGUCCAAACUGUUCGGUGAUCUAUAGAAGUAGGCAAUACUGGUAUGGGAACCAGGACCCUGUUGAUACAGUGGUUCGGACUGAGAUCCAGCAUGUCUGGCCAGGGUCCGACGGAUUCCUGAAGGACAACAACAAUGCUGCGCAGAGGCUGCUGGAUGGUGUGAACUAUAUGGCUCAGUCUGUUUCAGAGCUAAGUGUCAAGCCUGCCAAAGCCGUCACUGCCUGGUUAACAGACCAGAUUGCCCCUGUUUACUGGAAGCCCAAUUCUCUCAUCAUUAGAUGUAAAAACUGUGGAGAGGAAUUCCAAGAUAAUGAUACAAAGCACCACUGUCGGGCCUGUGGAGAAGGUUUCUGUGAUGGUUGCUCCUCUAAGACACGGCCAGUCCCUGAGAGAGGUUGGGGCCUGGCACCUGUGCGAGUCUGUGACGUCUGCUUUCAAAACAGAGGAAUCCCAGAAGAACUACUGGAUGCAGCGCUGGAAGAGGAGCAAGGUGGGACUCUGAUCGCCAGAAGGGUGGGAGAAGCUGUUCAGAACACAUUAGGAGCGGUAGUCACUGCUAUAGACAUCCCUUUUGGUUUGGUAAAAGAUGCCGCCCGUCCAGCAUAUUGGGUCCCUGACCAAGACAUUCACUGCUGCCACCAGUGCCAGCGUGAGUUUAAUGCCCGUCUCUCCAUCCAUCACUGCCGUGCGUGUGGACAAGGAGUAUGUAACGACUGCUCCCCUGAUCGCCUGGCCGUGCCCUCCAGGGGUUGGGACCAUCCUGUGCGGGUGUGCAUCACCUGCAGCCAGAAAUCUGAAGAGCUCUAGCAGAGCCGAACAUCACUCCACAUUAUAGGACACCCUCGUAUUUGGCCACAGUGCUUCAGAACAGGUUGGGAAGGAAGAAGCACUGCUCUCGAACCAAUGAAUGAUUGUUUGAGAGGAACAUCUCUGCCUUUUGUUCCAACACUUCAUUCACAUCAUGCUCCUACAUAAGCUGUUCACAGUUUAACAUGUAUUGGCCUAUGUAACUUCUUCUUUUAAAGGUUAAAUCCAGCAGGAAAAUAAAUGUGUCAAACCCUCGGCAAUCCUUUGUCUACCAUGCAAUAUGUUACCUGUGGGCAGGCCCAGAUGGAAUGAAAGUUUUUGGGAAAAUCUGCAGAAUGGGUUUAAACAAGGUAGAAAAAAAA